AUGUGCUAUUUCGACCAAGUUCGCUGGAGCUGCGGUGUAUGGAGAUGGGGCCAGUUCCGACAGCAUUGUAUCAAGGAACAUCGAAUUGGGGAAACUUGUGGAUUGAAGCUUGUUUACGAGACGAAAUUUGAGCCAGGAGUAUGCCGCCUGUGCUCCAAGACAGAGAAAAAGCAGCGUCGCUAUGACAAGAUGUACCGAGACGUUGAACGUUGGCAACAAGAUAGUAACCGAACCGCCAUCGUCGAACGAACAUGCGGUCAGAUGGAAGAAGUUGCCAGUCAGAUCCAUCUUAUGAGACAGGAGCACAACCACAGGGUAGAAGGUGGGCGACCAAGUCAUACGGAAAGGUCUAAACCGACGGUGGCUGAUGGGUCAUCUCGAACGAUUGGAAACUCGACCGUGUCCCAGAACAACGACCCAAGGGUUGCUAGUGUUCCUGCCGACGAAGUUCAGCCAAUCCGUCCUCUCACCACCACUCUCCUGGGAGCAUCAUUCUCCCUCGGAGAUCUCACCCAAACCAGGUUUAGAGAAGGCCGUGAUAGCCUCGAUGAUGACCUCAGUAGCGAUGGCUCUGGUAGCUGCAUAUCUUCAUCUACAGCCCCUACUUCAGUAUCUGGCGGAGGGGCAGCUGAACAACGUGAAGCAAAUGAGGCUUUUAUCGAUCUCCUUUACAGUUCUGUGGACUUGCGAAAGCUCAUACACCCAGCUCUGUAUGGGAAAGAAGCGUCUCGAAAAAGACUUCUAGGCAAACUCCGAAAACUACUGAAGCUACUCGGACAAGAUUUGGAAAUUGAAAUACGGAGUUCAGAAUCAACUCGGAUAGGUCUGUUCUUCAGAAAGUCAGGCAGCCAGCUGUCUUCCGAGAUUAUUAAUGGUUUAUCUAAAGAAGAAAGACGAGAAGAAGAAAGGGUUCCUAGGGACAGGGAAGUCGACCCCGUAUCAGAAGACGACGAGCCAAACGAGUCUGAUUCAGGAGAUGAGAAUGAUGCUCAACCUAACAUGCCUGGACUGAAAAGUCUAAUUGCUUCCACGGACUCUUUUUGCGCCUUUGUCACGCGUUUAGUUGACCUUGUUCAUCCAUCGUUUGAGGCACGACUAAAACGCCUGUCCAAGUCACAGAGCAAAGGGAUGAAUGAUUCCGACAUCCGUCGCAUCACAGAAAUGGUAUCAGAACUCGCAUACUCAAAACCAACAGGUAUUAUCUCAACCGAAUGUGAGAGGGUUUCGUGGAUACACAAGUGGUUCAUUUCCCUCAGGGCGGCGCUUCCGCGUGAAUGGGAUUUGUGGCCACUGGAUGUGUCCGAACUGCAACCACCGUCUAAUUGUGCUGCACUCACUUGGACUUGCGUAAGUAUCUAG